UAUGGUAACCGGCGUUGUUGCUGUCGCUGUGUUGUUUUGAGGAGCAGUCGGUGGAACAGACACAAACAUCCACUUCUAUCAAAAUGCUGCAGAGUGAACGGAGGACACGAUGUCGGGAGUUCACGGGACCGACGCCUCAUUCAGUCGCUGUGAGAGCAAAGCUCCAGUCCUCCAGGCCGGCGGACCACCUGAUCCUGGAGAGACAGAAACAGGACGCGGCCCGAGACCGGGUCCUGGAGUUCACCCGGUACCAGCAGACCUGGGACAUCAAGAACUCGUGGCUGAAGAGUUCAGACGGUCGUUACCUGAGAGGAACCAUCGACAGACGAGUCCGAGACGCUCUGGACCAACAGGAAGUGCACAUCCAGGAGAGGAGAGACAGGCUGCAGGUGCUGCUGGAGGAGGAGGAGCAGCAGCUCCUGCAGGAGAUGGAGGAGAGGACGGAGACGUCGGUGGAGAGACAGGCGAAGAUGAGAGAGCGAGCUAAAGCCCUGAGAGAGCGGAGAGAGAGAGACAGGCAGCAGCUGGUGUCAGACAGACUGGAGCAGCUCUUCAGGGAGCAGUGUGAGGAGCUGCGGACCGUCCAGAUGCGCCGCCGGGAGCAGCAGGUGUGCGCCGAGCGAGCCGCUCAGGUGAGCGACCGGCAGGAGCAGCUGCAGCUGCAACGGCGGGAGGACGAGACCUUCGACCAACUGUGGGAGGCCGACCGACGGGCCAAGGAACAGCGAGAGCAAGAGAGAGUGCAGAGGAAGCAGCAGAGCGACAGACAGCAGCUGGACUUCAUCAGGACUCAGAUAGACACAGCGGAUCAGCAGAGACAGCAGCAGAGACAGCUGAGACAGGAGGAGGCCACACUCAUGCUGCAGCAGCAGGAGAUGCAGCGUCUGCAGCUGCAGCGCGAGCAGCAGCAGAAGCUCCAGGGCCAGCGGACCAGACGGCGGCAGCUGGAUCAGGGUCUCCGGAGGAAGAUGAAGCGUCUGGCCCGAGAGCAGCAGGACGAGCUGCAGCUGGACGUGAACAUCCUGCAGCAGCUGCUCCAACAGGAAACUGAUGAGAAACAGGAAGCUGCUCAGAGGAAGGCCGAGCUGCGUGAGGAGCAGUGGAGGUACCGGCAGUAUUUGUCUGAGGAGCUGCAGAAGCAGAGGAGGGAGGAGGAGGAGACAGAGCAGCUGGUGGAGGAGAAGCUGAAGGAGGUGUGGAGUAAAAGAGAGGAGCAGAGUCGACUGCAGAGAGACGCCAGAAACAGACUGAUGAAGGAAGUGAUGGAAGCUCGCAGUCUGCAGAUCCAACUCAAACUGGACAAGAACAAGCAGAAACAGGAGGCGCUGUUUGCAGAGAGAGACGAGUUGAACAGACGGACGGAAGAGAUGAAGCUGACGGAGGAAGAGGAGAAGAGACGUCAGAAGCAGACCCGUGAGGCGUACCAGGCCGACCUGAGGGCUCAGAUGAGGCAGCAGCAGCAGCUCCAGUGCGAGCAGCGAGCUCAGGCUGAGAGGGAGCGUCAGCAGGGUCUGAUCCUGGAGGAGCUGUACAACCAGAAGAAGAACGAGAUCCUGUCCAGACCCACGUCUCACACCACCGCCCCCCAUCCAUUCAGACGAGCAGAGGGGUCCAGGUCUGCCUCCGCAUUCUGACCCACAUAGUCGGCCAGCAUGUGGAAGAACCACCUUCCUCUAAUAAAUAAAGUCUGUUCACACUGCGA